CUCUUCAAUUUUCAAAAUACAUUUUUAAUACAUACCCUCUCUCUCUCUCUCUCUCCACUUUUGUCUCUUCUGUCAUCUUCUUCCUUUUUCUGCCCUUCCCUUUGAUGUACAUCUCAGAAACCCUAGAUUCAAAAAUCUAGGGUGUGUUCUGUGUUGUCUCUUCCUUUUCUCCUACUCUUUAAUAGUGUAGGAACAGCUUCCUCACCUGCUGCCUAAUCUCUUAGCCCUGUUCUUGUUGCAACUACACAACAUUUCGCGAAUUCAAAUCUGCACUUAUCCCAGAGCUCAGAGCGCUCAAGAUUUGGUUUCUUCUUCUUCUAGAAUUCAAAACUAGAUCUUUGAUAUUAUCCCUAAGGUUUUCUUGAAUUUUACAAUGGGCUUAACAAAAACCCCAGCUUGAUUCUAGGGUUUUAAAAAUCUAAUCGGAACUUUGGUAGCAAUUAGGGUUUUUCUUUUUUUAUUAAAUGCAUGGAAGGAGGUCGAGAAGCUAUGCCACCAUUCCCUCCUCCUUUCUACUUCCCAAGAGGACCUUUCUCUUCUCAAUCCGCGAGUGCCAUCCACGCGCCGCCGGGUUUCAGACCAAUGUCUAACCCUAAUCUCCAGCAGCAGCAUCCGUUUCCCUUGGGCGGCGGCGAGCAGAGACACCAUCAAGAUUUCAGCCAUGGGAUUCAUAUGGGUAUGGCUUCUUCUUCUUCUCCGUCUCCCACUAUGCAACAACAACAACCUCCACCUCAUCACAACUCUGCGGAGGAGCAGUUGGUUAAGAAGAAGCGAGGACGGCCGAGGAAGUAUGUUCCUGAUAAUAAUGAAGGGUGUGAUCUUGAGCUCUCUCCGAUGCAAUCUUUGCAGAAGCCUCGCGUCUCUUCUCCACUCUCUGACCCUAACGCUCCUAAACGAGCUAGAGGUCGGCCUCCAGGAACCGGGAGAAAGCAGCGUCUCGCUAAUCUCGGUGAGUGGAUGAACACUUCAGCUGGAUUUGCUUUUGCGACUCACGUGAUCAGUGUUGAAGCCGGAGAGGACAUUGUCUCAAAAGUUCUUUCGUUUUCACAACAGAGGCCAAGAGCUCUUUGUAUUAUGUCGGGAACCGGAAUGGCUUCUGCAUUUACGCUACGUCAAACUGGAUCAUCAGCGCCUACUCUGUCUUUUCAGGGGCAUUUUGAUAUACUGAGUGUACAAGGAUGUUACUUGGUGAAUGAAGAAGGUGGGUCUAAAUCAAGAACUGGAGGUAUUAGUGUCUCUCUCUCCCGCCACGAUGGUUUUCUGAUUGGUGGCACGGCUGGAACGCUUAUCGCAGCCAGUCUCGUUCACGUGGUGGCGUGUAGUUUUGUAUACGGAAGUGCAAAGGCUAAAGUAAUCAAGCAAGAAAACGGGUCAAAGGAAGACGACACCACCAAAAAGGACAAGAGCCUGGAGACGCCGGCCAGUGAGCAGCCGUCGCCGCGAGCAACAGAAUCAGCAGCGGAGGCGGCUCAGACGCCAAUGGACUACUCUUCUCCAGGAUGGGCAGGAUCUGGUGGUGGCAGCAGAACAACUGACUCGAGAAACAAUAACCACCUCACUGAUAUCGACUUGACACGAGGAUGAUUCAGUCAGUCUUAUUCUUACUACUCUACUUAUUAGAACAUUGCAGCAUCUUACAGAUAUCGUUGGUGCUGUACAUAAACUACUGUUGUUGUUGUUGUUGUAGAUUUCCUUUUCCUUCUUUUGGAUUUUCAUGGGAGGUACGAUGUUACCAGAGAGAUUCCAGGAUCUUAAUUUUUUUUUUCUCUUUUAUCUUUAACAUUUGAUGUGUUGUAACAUAACUCAGUUUCUAUUUCUAGGGAAUUUAUUCAUAUAAAUUGUUGGCUA